UUCAUCUCUAAUUAAACUCUUUCAACUUGAGAUCGAGUCGCAAUGCAUUUCAUGAAGCGUUUUACAGCCAAACACAGAAACCAAACACCAUCUUCCAAGGAACCUCAAAACCAAACGUCCAUUAACUCACAAACUCCAAACUCCAUGACCAUGAUGCUCAAGCCAGUUCAAGAUAAGAUGAUUCAUAAAUCAAGUUUGGAUGAACUUGAUACUAGUAUCAGUCCUGCUGUGAUCCAAAAGCUGAGGAGAUACUCACAGAACAACUCAUCUGAAGAUAGGAUUGAGUGGCUACAAUCUCAAGUCAUUGGCAACCAGAUGGAGUUUGACACUCCCUUCGGCCAACGCACACUCACCUACGCCGAUCACACCGCUUCCGGCCGCUCCUUGAAGUUCAUUGAAGAUUACAUAAUUGAUAAAGUCCUUCCAUCAUAUGGAAACACACAUACUGAUGAUAGUUUUGUGGGGGAGAGGACAACCAAGUUGGCACACAAGGCAUCAGAGUUCAUCAAGAAGUGUAUGGGUGGAGGAAAUGAUGAUUCUAUAAUCUUUUGUGGUUCUGGUACUACUGCUGCAAUCAAGAGGCUUCAAGAGGUGAUUGGGGUUGCAGUGAGUCCUAUCAUGCGUGACAGGGUGUUAGAGAAUGUCAAAGAGGAGGAGAGAUGGGUGGUUUUCAUUGGACCAUAUGAACACCACUCUAAUAUUCUCUCUUGGAGACAGAGCUUGGCUGACGUUGUUGAGAUUGGGUUGAACUCUGAUGGUCUGAUUGAUUUGGAAGAGUUGGAGAGACAGCUUAAGUCUCUCAAGUAUUUAGACCGGCCAAAGCUGGGCUCUUUCUCGGCUUGCAGUAACGUCACCGGCAUAGCUACCGACACACGUGCCGUUGCUCGUCUUCUUCAUCGGCAUGGUGCCUUUGCUUGUUUUGAUUUUGCUGCCAGUGGACCGUACGUGGAAAUCAACAUGAGAUCUAGAGAUGAGUUAGGAGGGUAUGAUGCUGUAUAUCUUAGUCCUCACAAGUUCAUUGGAGGACCAGGAACUCCUGGCAUUCUUUUGAUGAGUAAUUCUAUGUAUCGACUGGGAUCACUGCCUCCAUCCACCUGUGGAGGUGGCACUGUUGCCUACGUCAAUGGCUUCAAUGAAGAAGAUACUCUGUACUAUGAUAAAAUAGAAGAAAGAGAAGAUGCAGGGACACCACAAAUAAUACAAAAGAUAAGAGCUGCAUUAGCAUUCUGGGUCAAAGAAUACAUAGGCUAUGAGCUCAUUGACCUUCAUGAGAGCUUCUACAUAGAAACAGCGCUGAGGAGGCUGCGACAAAACCCCAACAUAAAAGUGCUUGGAAACACAAAGGCCAAACGUCUCUCCAUCCUCUCCUUUCUUGUCUACCCUUCAACAACUCGUACUCAUUCCUCCAUUGAUGACUUAGAUAACAAAAUCCAGCCACUGAACGGGCGUUUUGUUGCAAAACUACUAAAUGACCUCUUUGGUAUUCAAGCUCGUGGUGGCUGUGCUUGUGCUGGUCCUUAUGGUCACUCUCUUCUCAAUGUAGAUGAGAAGCUGUCUCUUGGGAUUAGAUCCGUCAUACAAAAGGGUUACAAUGGAAUGAAGCCUGGAUGGACAAGGAUUAGCUUUCCAUACUAUAUGGCAAAAGAGGAGUUUGCCUUCAUUAUGGCAGCAGUUGAGUUCAUUGGCAUGUAUGGUCACCGUUUCCUCCCUCUCUAUACCUUUCACUGGGAGUCUGGUGACUGGAGUUUUGACAAACGUGCAUUCAAGUACCAUUUGAUGGAGGCUGAGCUUGCUAAUGCAUCUCGUGCACUGCUCUCUGGUGCAAUUGGAGGAGUAGAUGGAACAAGAGAUCUCCAUGCACUGAUUGGGAUUGAGAAUACUUUAGUUAAUGUUAAAGAAGCGAAAUCAGUGGGGAAACCACACAAGUUUGCUGCAUACUUAGAGGCUGCCAAACGUUUGGCACUGUCUCUUCCCGCUGACCCUCCAAGAAACAAUGUUCCAGAUGAGAUAGUUGUCACAUUAAAACUCUAUGAGUAAAUCCAGCUCCAGCUGGAAUGCAAUAAAUGCUCAUCAAACAUUAAUAGGAUAGGUUCUUGACUACCUGAGUCAAGAAUCUUGAUAAGAAUGUCUGAAUAAUUAAAGGAGAUGUAUAUUAAUUAUUGCUGGUUGGUUUGAUAACUAUUGACCAAUGCUCAUUGGUCAAUGUACUAUUUGAAUAAAAUUCUAAAUUGUUAA